GCCCCCGGUGGCCCAAACAAUCAUCACACAGUUCACGACAAAAGACAACGACAGAGGUUUUCAUGGCUAUGCUGGCGCUCCACUAGCAUCCUGAUUGUUAGAACCCUCCUUCCGCGCGCGCGUGUACACCUCAAACUCUUCUAUCGCUAUCUCAAACGCAUUAUGAAUAGCCCAGAUGUUGAGGACAUGAAGAGGAUCGUCGAUCGGCUCCCCCAAACAGAUUCAGAACGCCGAAUCGUUCGUCACUUGGUCAUUCGCGACCCCAAUUGCGGGGUAAGUGACGAAUGGGUUGCCCCAGAGAUGAUUUUCUGUCGUCAUUUGGAGUCGGUAGUGCUCUCUGGGGUGGCGGAUACGUCUGACAAGACUAUUGUCCAUCUCGCACGUGAAAACUGCAAUAUACAAGGUCUUGACCUUACUGGGUGCAAGUACGUCACUGACGUGAGCAUCAUGGAAUUGGUCGCGAAAACGCCUCCUUUGCAGUGGCUGCAGCUCAGCGGGGUAGUACUCACUGAUGCUUCAGUCUCAGCAAUCGCUAAGACCUUCCCGAAGCUUGUGGAAUUGGAGCUGAACGACCAGCCGCUCAUGACGGCUGUGUCUGUUCGCGACAUUUGGUCAUAUUCUAGAAAACUUCGCACUUUGAUGUUGGCCCGCUCUCCUCAGUUAACCGAUAGUGCGCUGCCUUCGCCGAUCAAAACCCUCAUUCCUCAGCCUUCUGGGGAGAAGCCGUUACCAGCUCAUCCUCAUACCUGGCUUGAUCAGCUUCCACCCCUAAUCCUACGACAUACCGCAAUCGAUCUUCGUGUGCUAGAUCUGAGUCACUGCCCGAAGCUGACCGAUGCGAGCGUCGAAGGCAUCGUGGCACAUGCUCCAUUGCUCCGGUCACUUGCAUUGGCCGGCUGUCCUAAUCUUACUGACAAGGCUGUUGAAAGCAUAUCCAAACUUGGCCUUCACCUCGGCAACCUUACCCUUGCACAUUGCCCGCAAAUCACCGACAAUGGAAUUGUGUCCUUGGCGCGAUCAUGUACCGAGCUUCGAUCUGUUGACUUGGCAUUCUGCCGACAGUUAACUGAUAUGGCUGUAUUUGAAUUAGCUAGCCUAGAACGGAUUCACCGCCUUGUUCUUGUCCGUGUACCAAAGCUGACCGACAACGCUGUCUAUUUCCUUGCGGACCAUACCCCUUCAUUGGAGCGAUUGCACCUUUCAUAUUGCGACCGCAUCACACUCAAGUCGUUACAUCACCUAGUCCGAACUUGCAAUCACCUUGUGCACCUUACUGCGACUGGCGUACCUGGUGCAAGGCGGACCGGCGUCGGGCGGUUUUCUGACCCGCCUCCUGCGGAUCUGGACCCCGAUCAGAAGUCGGUUUUCCGUGCCUUUAGUGGUCCGAAUAUAGCGGCGCUGCGCAAGUUCCUCGACAAGGAGAAACUGAGACGCGAACAAGCGGAGGCUCAGAACAUCCCAUUUGUGCCCCGAUCGGAUGAUAGCAUGGAUCUAUAUUAGGGGGGAACGUUGUGAGCUGGCGGUCGAUCUUCAGGACUUCAAGCUUCAGGGUUGCGCUACCAUACCUUAUGUGUCCAUUUUAUUCAUCGUGUCGACGACUUACUCACCUCGCAUACUUCACGUGGUAUCACACUUGACGUGCUGUUGUGCUUCUACUAUGCCUUGACACUAUUUCUAUAAUGAUAACGCCAAUCGCGUUGCAGUCAACGUGGUUCUUCUGUUCUUCUG